AGUUGGAGAAAGUGCGGCAGUUACGCUUAACUGCUAUAAAACACUGCAUUCAGUUGGAUUCACCUCGCAGAUCUUCUACUCUCUUCUCUGUGCACUGCUAGAAAUGCAUAUGCUCCUUCCAAUCCGAUCCGUCUGCUUGGCGCUCUCGCUCAUGGCGUACUUCCUCACUGUCGCUGCCGCCCCUGCUCCUGGUCUAACAUUCCGUGUCGAGCAGAUCCGCGCGGGUGAGACGUUCGCUGAUGUGGCUGUCCUGGUCAGCAGGCACUCCCUCCUCUUCCAUCACAUCGCUUACAAUGAUCUCUUCGUCCCAUGCAGAACAUCGCGCGCGGGCCUCAGCCCAGAUGUCGGCUCAAUAACUGUAUCUGAUCACCGAUCUAACAAGGAGGAUCUUUCCAUUUCGUUGGAUCCAACCUUCCCUCUGAAUGACUUCUGCAACCUGUUACAAAGCUUAUCUUCUCUAGUUCGAUUGUGCACAUAUGAGUGUAUCUCUUAGUCGGCUAAUUUAUAUCCGCUACUCUGUUUUGAUUGCGA